AUGAUAAUGCUUGCCUUCAUAUGGUUUUAUGACAACCAUCAGCUGAAUCCCUCUCAAUUUGCUUGUGGAUAUUUCAUCCAGGAUAUGUGCAUCGGUAGUAACUCCUUGGAUGCUGAGACCCCUUUACCAGAAUCAGCUUCGACUUUGGAGCAAGAGAUUCAUGAAGGAACUUUUGGAAGGGAACCUGCUGCAGAAUUACCGAGAAAUCUAAAACCAUGUUACUGGUUUUCCGGACAUAUGCAUAGCAAAUUUGCUGCUUCAGUUAAGCAUGAUUGUGAUAAGUAUGGUCGUUGCAUGAAGUUUUCAUCCCUUGACAAGUGCAUCUCCGGUAGAAAGUUUUUGCAGUUUGUAAGAAAUAAGUUGCAGAGAAGAGGACUCAAGGCGCCAUUAGAAUUUGUUCAGACUUCACCAUGCUACAAUCCUAAUUCUCAACCUGUUGCUAAAAGUGUCUUCCAUGAACGAAGGGAUCUUGCUGUACGUCUAGCCUCAUUUGUUUUAGGAUGUUCCUACAGUGAAGAUAUACCCUUAGAUGAUGUAGAUGAUACGAGGAUUUCUAAGAGGUCGAUACAGAAGAUGCUUAAGAAGAAUUAA